AUUCAUACGUGCGUCGUGUAACUGAGGGCGUUGCGUUAUUUAGUGCCUAAUUGUAAGCUGCGUACAGGGAACUUUUUUAUAUGUGAAUAACCUAGUAGCUCACAUUGUAUAUGAUCAUUGUAAUUGAAUUUCUGGUGUUUUAAAUAUUCUGUCGUCUUCUAUUUGUUAAUAAUUAAUUUUCGAAUGAUAUUUACUUCACGUUAGUAUUAAAAUUUCGGCAUGAGUGCUGCGUUAAGUUCGAGAGCUGAACAAUAUUUCUAUAGUAUAAAUCCGUUGGCACAAAGGAUAGGGGAAGAUAUAACUGCGACUAAGGAGGCUUAUGAAGGUCUGUGGAAUACAUUAAGCAUAGCAGAACGGAAUCAAGCGAUUAAUGAAACUAUCAUUCAGCCGGAAGUUGCAUUAAAAUAUACUUUGAAAAAACCUGAGAUUACUAAGGAAUUACCGGAAUGGUAUCCGAAACUACGCAUACAGACAGGAAUGAAAUAUGUUAUUGACGAAACUGGUUCUACAUUACGAUGGCGUGAUGAGCAUUCAGCUCCAUUUUCAUUCAUGACUCAGUCACAAAUGAAUCUUAGUGUAAUAGAUUCAACAGAGGAUGCAAAAUCAAAAUUAAUAAGAGCUCAAUUUGGGGAAUCAUCACAUUUCUCAAGCCCAGCAAAAUCACAUAGAAAUAAUUCAAACUCUCUUAAUGAUCCCUAUACUUCAUCUCAUACGGUUAAUCGCUUUCAAUCUGAUUGUUUUUCAAGUAAUAUUUUUGAAGAUGAACAGUGUAAUAGCUUGUUGAAAGGUAGUGUUGAUAGUGAUCAUUCUGAAAGUAUAUUUGCCAAAUUGAUGAACAAAACGUCUUUAUUAAAAUUACAAAACAAUUUGGCAGAUGAUAUGGAAAGCUUAGUCAGGGAAAGGGAUUCUGAUACGGAUAAAAGUCAAACAAAUACGUUAGUGGUAAUGUCGCGUACAAAAUCAAGUGAUAUUAACGAGUCAACAGCAUUAUUAGAGACUCCCAGUUCAUACAGUAGUUUUCAAUCUUCCCAAUUGAAUCAGGAGGAGGAAGAAAGAACUAUACCAAAAACUGGUUUUGAAUUUCUUGAUAAUUGGUAGAUAGAUGUUUCAUAUGAAUACAUUUAUGUUAAAGUUAGUACUAUUAUUAAUCAUUAAUUUGCGUUUAUACAAUUUUAGUUCCUAAAAUAAUAAUAUUAUGAUAAUAUCGAUCAAUAUUUCUCAUUUUUUAAAGUACGUUUCUUGUUAUAAUUUCUAAUGAGGGUUAUGAUCUCAAUUACAAUGUAAAUUAAUUUUAUUUCAUGAAGUACGUAUUAGAUGCAAAUUUAAAAGCUUAACAAAGAAUAAUAAGUAUGCAUAUUCAGCACAACAGAGUUUACAAACGUACAUAAAUUUUUUAUUGCUACAAUGCAUAUAUUUACAUAUAUCUAUACAUGGGAUGUGAUGUAUCUAAUGAUACAUGAAAAAAAAUAUUGAAUGUUCAGAUUAAAAGAAAGAAUAUUGAAUGUUUACAUUUGAAAAUACUUUAUAAAGAUCCAAUGUUUUAAUACUUGUAUUUUCAUUUAGAGAAAUUUUUACAAUUUUAUGAUACGUAUUCCUAUCUUUCUAAGAUGAUCAUCCAUAUAUUCAUUAUGUGAUCAUUAAAAACUAUCGUUAAAUACAUAGAGAAUAUUUAAUGAAAGACUGAAGAGGCUAAUUCAUUUCAUUUUCUUGAUAUAUUCAUAUUUGAUAAGGCUCGUCAUUAGCUUGUUUUUCAAUCGUUUUUAUGACGAUAAUUCAGAUUAUUUCAUACAGAUUAUUCAGAUUCAACGAUUAAGGAUGCAGUCUUCUAAAGUAAUAACGAUAAUUUAAAUAAUUACUGUUAUACUUGCUCUCUUGUUCGUCUGUGUUACAAGAGAUGAACAGAAUAAAGCACGUGUAUGUGUGUUGCGUGAAACGAGUGUUGUGCUUGCGUGUUUAGUAACUGAAAAGUAUCAAGUCAUUUUUUUAUUGAGAUAUACAUACACAUAUAUGUGUAUAUUUAUACAGUAUUUUAGAAGCAUUUAUUAUGAUAUUUAAAUACAUUAAUUCAUGUAA